AAAGGUGGAUUAUUAACCAGCUGGGAGCCCUGGCAGGUGCAGGGCCCGGCCCUAUUGGUCCCCAUCCCAGUCAGGUGAUGGUAGGGAAGCUGCCUUCCACUGUGCCCUCAGUUUUAGCAUAUGCACGGCUGAAGUGAGCUCCGUGCCUUGCCAGGAGCCAGCCCUUGGCUGUCCCCAAGGCCAGGCUUCACUUGCCCUCUGACCCCUUCCCAGUGCCAGGAUGGUGGAGGCCAGCCUGAAGGGCUGGCUGCUCUGGGCCCUGCUCCAGCACCUGGUCCAGAGUGAGCUGUACACGCCCAUACACCAGCCUGGCGUCUGCGCUUUCUACGAUGAGUGUGGGAGCAACCCAGAGCUGUCUGGAAGCCUGGCUUCACUCUCCAACGUGUCCUGCCUGGACAACUCGCCUGCCCGCCAUGUCACGGGUGACCACCUGGCCCUCCUACAGAGCAUCUGUCCCCGCCUCUACACCGGCCCCAACACCACCUAUGCCUGUUGCUCCUCCAAGCAGCUGGUGUCUCUGGACACGAGCCUGCAGGUCACCAAGGCCCUGCUCACCCGCUGCCCCUCCUGCUCCAACAACUUCGUGAGCCUGCAUUGCCACAACACCUGCAGCCCCAACCAGAGCCUCUUCAUCAACGUGACUCGCGUGGCCGUGCGGGGGGAUGGCCAGCUGCCGGCCGUGGUGGCCUACGAGGCCUUCUACCAGCGCAGCUUCGCCGAGCAGACCUACGAGUCCUGCAGCCGCGUGCGCAUCCCCGCCGCCGCCACCCUGGCCGUGGGCUCCAUGUGCGGCGUCUACGGCUCGGCCCUGUGCAACGCCCAGCGCUGGCUCAAUUUCCAGGGGGACACGGGGAAUGGCCUGGCACCUCUGGACAUCACCUUCCACCUGUGGGAGCCUAGUCAGGCCGCAGGGAGCGUGAUUCAGCCUCUGAACGGGGAGGUGGUGCCCUGCAACCAGUCCCAGGGGGACAGCGUGUCGGCCUGUUCCUGCCAGGACUGUGCCGCCUCCUGUCCCGUCAUCGCCCAGCCCGAGGCCCUGGACCCCACCUUCCGCAUGGGCAGGAUGGCGGGGAGCCUGGCCCUCAUCAUCAUCCUCUGCUCGGUCUUCGCCUUGCUCGCCCUCUUCCUCCUCCGGCCUCGCAUGGCCUCGCGCUGCGGCAAGCGCGAGACGCCGGACCGCAAGGCGGGCAUCGGCCUCGCCCACCGGCUCAGCCUCUCCACCUACAGCCUCCUUAGCAGGGGCUUCCAGUGCUGGGGCACCUGGGUGGCCUCGUGGCCGCUGACCGUCCUGGCGGUGUCCAUCGUUGUGGUGGUGGCCAUGGCAGGGGGCCUGGCCUUCACGGUACUGACCACAGACCCCGUGGACCUGUGGUCGGCCCCCAACAGCCAAGCCCGAGAGGAGAAGGCGUUCCACGACAAGUAUUUCGGCCCCUUCUUCCGCACCAACCAGGUAUUCUUGACAGCACCGAACCGGCCCAGCUAUAGGUACGACUCGCUGCUGCUGGGGCCCAAGAACUUCAGCGGGAUUCUGUCCUCCGACCUGCUGCUCGAGGUGCUGGAGCUGCAGGAGAAGCUGCGGCACCUGCAGGUGUGGUCGCCGGAGGAGCAGCGCAACAUCUCUCUGCAGGACAUCUGCUACGCCCCCCUCAACCCACACAACACCAGCCUCUCCGACUGCUGCGUCAACAGCCUCCUGCAGUACUUCCAGAACAAUCGCACCCACCUGCUGCUCACGGCCAACCAGACGCUGUCCGGGCAGACCUCCCAGGUGGACUGGAGGGACCACUUUCUCUACUGCGCCAACGCCCCACUCACCUUCAAAGAUGGCACGGCCCUGGCCCUGAGCUGCAUGGCUGACUACGGGGCCCCCGUCUUCCCUUUCCUCGCUGUCGGGGGCUACAAAGGGAAGGAUUUUUCUGAGGCAGAGGCUCUGAUCGUGACCUUCUCCCUCAACAAUUACCCUCCUGGGGACCCUCGGCUGGACCAGGCUAAGCUCUGGGAGAAAGCCUUCUUGGAGGAGAUGCAAGCCUUCCAGCGUCGGAUGGAAGGCGUGUUCCAGGUCACAUUCAUGGCAGAGCGCUCCCUGGAGGAUGAGAUCAACAGCAGCACGUUCCAGGACCUGCCCAUCUUCGCUGUCAGCUACAUUGUCAUUUUCCUGUACAUCUCCCUGGCCCUGGGCACCUACUCCAGCUGGCGCCGAGUGCUGGUGGACUCCAAGGCCACGCUGGGCCUGGGCGGGGUGGUCGUGGUGCUGGGAGCAGUCAUGGCCUCCAUGGGCUUCUUCGCCUACCUUGGUGUCCCCUCCUCUCUGGUGAUCCUUCAAGUGGUGCCUUUCCUGGUGCUCGCCGUGGGGGCCGACAACAUCUUCAUCUUCGUUCUUGAGUACCAGAGGCUGCCUCGAAACCCUGGGGAGCAACGAGAGGCCCACAUCGGCCGAGCCCUGGGCAGAGUGGCCCCGAGCAUGCUGCUCUGCAGCCUCUCCGAGGCCAUCUGCUUCUUCCUAGGAGCCCUGACCCCCAUGCCGGCAGUGCGGACCUUUGCCCUGAUCUCUGGCCUGGCGGUGCUUCUCGACUUCCUGCUGCAGAUGUCGGCCUUCGUGGCCCUGCUCUCCCUGGACAGCAGGAGGCAGGAGGCCUCCCGGCUGGACUUCUGCUGCUGCAAAACGCCCCGGGAUGUGCCCCCGCCUAGCCAGGCCGAGGGGCUCCUGCUCCUAUGCUUCCGCAAGUUCUACGCCCCGUUCCUGCUGCACUGGUUCACCCGCGUGGUCGUGAUGCUGCUCUUCCUGGCCCUGUUCGGAGCGAGUCUCUACCUCAUGUGCUUCAUCACCGUGGGGCUGGACCAGGAGCUGGCCCUGCCCAAGGACUCAUACCUGCUCGACUAUUUCCUCUUUCUGAACCGCUACUUUGAGGUGGGGCCCCCGGUCUACUUUGUCACCACUGGGGGCUACAACUUCACCAGUGAGGAAGGUAUCAAUGCCAUCUGCUCCAGCGCAGGCUGCAACAACUUCUCCCUAACCCAGAAGAUCCAAUAUGCCACCGAGUUCCCUGACCAGUCUUACUUGGCCAUCCCUGCCUCCUCCUGGGUGGACGACUUCAUUGACUGGCUGUCUUCAUCUUCCUGCUGCCGCCUUUACAUCUCUGGCCCCAAUAAAGAUGAAUUCUGCCCCUCGACCGUCAGCUCCCUGGCCUGCUUGAAGACCUGCAUCAGCUUCACGACAGGGACCGUCCGGCCGACUGUGGAGCAGUUCCACCGGUAUCUUCCCUGGUUUCUGAACGACAUGCCCAACAUCAAAUGUCCCAAAGGCGGCCUGGGGGCGUACAGCACCUCCGUGAAUUUGGGCCCAGAUGGCCAGGUGUUAGCCUCUCGGUUCAUGGCCUACCACAAGCCGCUGAAGAACUCGCAGGAUUACACAGAGGCUCUGCGGGCAUCUCGGGCGCUGGCGGCCAACAUCACCGCCGACCUGCUGAAGGUGCCGGGCACCGACCCGGAUUUCAAGGUCUUCCCCUACACGAUCUCCAACGUGUUCUACGAGCAGUACCUGACGGUGGUCCCCGAGGGGCUCUUCAUGCUCGGCAUCUGCCUGGUGCCCACCUUCAUCGUCUGCUGCCUGCUGCUGGGCAUGGACGUCCGCUCCGGCCUCAUCAACCUCUUCUCCAUCGUCAUGAUCCUGGUGGACACCGUGGGCUUCAUGACCCUGUGGAACAUCACCUACAACGCCGUGUCCCUCAUCAACCUGGUCACGGCGGUGGGCAUCUCUGUGGAGUUUGUGUCCCACAUCACCCGCUCCUUUGCCAUCAGCACCAAGCCCACCCGUCUGGAGAGGGCUAAGGAGGCCACCAUCUCCAUGGGCAGUGCGGUGUUCGCAGGAGUGGCCAUGACCAACCUGCCUGGCAUCCUCGUCCUGGGCCUGGCCAAGACGCAGCUCAUCCAGAUUUUCUUCUUCCGUCUCAACCUCCUCAUCACUCUGCUGGGCCUGCUGCACGGCCUGGUCUUCCUGCCGGUCGUCCUCAGCUACGUGGGGCCUGAGGUCAACCCAGCUCUGCUGCAGCAGCAGAAGCGGGAGGAGGAGGCGGCUUUGGCCAAGGAGGCCUCCUGCUCAAAGCACCCCAUCCCGAUGAGCACAGCAGGCAACGUCUAUGUCAACUCUGGCUUCGAGCAUCCCGACAAGAGUGUGAAUAGUUCCGACAGCUCCCAGCCACACAAUAGGCAGAAGUUCUGAUGGAGCCAGAGCUCAACGGCCCUGACCUAAGGGGCCGUGAGGGUUCCCCUGUGGGGGGGGUCCCUUGAUCUGUAUUUCCCCUCAGGGCCUGGGAGAGGCUGUCCCCACAGGAGUGCCUGCCUGCAAUAGGACACGCUCUGGCCACCAGCUCUCAUCCAUAAGGACCCGCGAUUGUGGUAGAAGCGGCACGUGAUGGCGUGGGCAUGAUCUGCCCCUGAUGCGUCUCUUCAACUUGACGUGUGUCCUCCUCAUGCAAGUUUUAAAACUUUAGUUCCAUCUAUGUAAACAAUAUAUAAUAUUAUGUCACAUUUAAAUUUUUUUCUUGAUAUCAGACUUGACCUAGCCUUUUGCACUGAGGUUUUUUUUUUUUUUCAUGCAAUGUACAUUUUUAGAUUUAUUUAUAUUGGUACAUGGAGAGCUAGUCCAAUCGGUUGAACUCCCAUACAGCAGCCCACUGUGUCAGUGAACACAGAGUUUUUAUCCAUUGCCCUGCUAGCAGGUACUCAGAUUGUCCCCAAUUAUUCCUCUGCUAUAGGUCCGUAGUCACUUACGUGAAUUUCCGAAACCCCAAAGCUCUGAAAACCUGGUGUGUUUGUCUUUCUUUCCUUUGUAAGUUUGGGACAAACUCAUUUGGUGGCAAAACCGAUCAAACAGGAUGUGUCGAUUUAAUUAUACUCUUCAACAUUCUUGGGAUGAAGACUCGUAUAUUUCAUUGCCUUAAUGGGUUUGAUUCCGUGUCGCUGCCCCAGACCCUGGUGGGAUUUAAUAUCUAAUGUAGUCUAAGCAUCAGAUUGCCUUCCUAACAAAUGUUCUAAAUUCUGAAAUUCAGCUCCCCUAUGGGACUUCAGGUAUGAAAUUGUGGACCUCUGUAAGGCGUGUGUGUUUACCCGUCUCCUGGCUACGUGUGGGGAGCUCCUCGCUGUAGCACUGAAUGGAUUCAGGCAAAUGCCUCCCAGGGCAGUUGCCCUAUUCACACUCCCACCAGCAAAGGAUGCGGUUCCUCUCUCCCUGCACGAAUACCAACACGAUGCUCCACUUGGUUUUGGGGGAGGGGGUAGGCUCAUGGAUGACUAUCCCUUUUUAAAAUACAUUUUUGAAAAAAGAAAACUUUGGGAGUUCCCAUUGUGGCUCAGCAGGUUAAGAACCUGACUAGCACCCAUGAGGAUGAGGGUUCAACCCCUGGCCUCGCUCAGCGGGUUAGGGAUCCAGUGUUGCCAUGAGCUGUGGUGUAGGUUCCAGAUGAGGCUCCUCCUGCGUUGCAUGGCUGUGGUGUGGGCUGGGCUGCUGUAGCUCCAGUUCCACCCUUACCCUGGGAACUUAUGUGAGCUGCAGGUGUGGCCUAAAAAGAAAAAAAAAGAAAACUUUUAAGAGUUCCCAUUGUGGUUCAAUGGGUUUGGUGGCGUCUCUGCAGUGGCAGGACGCUGGUUUGAUCCCUGGCUUAGCACAGCGAGUUAAAGGAUCCCUCGUUGCUGCAGCUGCGGUGUAGGUCACAACUGUGGCUCAGAUCUGAUCCCUGGCCUGGGAACUCCAUAGGCCCAGGUGGCCAGAAAUGAAAAGAAGAAGACGACUUUUACAUUUGAGAAUAGUUUCACAGAAAAAUUACAAAGAUAAUAGAAUUUCUGUAUGCCCCACACCCAGUUUAUCCUAUUAAGAUAUUACAUUAGGAUGUAUUAAUGUGUAUUAAUAUAUAAAGUACAUUCAUGUAUAAUAGUAUGAUAUAUUCAUCAAUGUACAAUGAAUGAACCAGGACUGAUAUUGUAACUAUCUAAAGCCCAUACUUUGUUUAAAUUGCCUUAGUGGUUGUUUUUUAACCACUCCCAUGGCACGCGGAAGGUCCUGGUCCACAGAUCAAACCUGCCCGACAGUCGUGACCCCUGCCACUGCAGUGGCAAUGCCAGAUCCCUAACCCCUUGCACUCCACUGGAAUGCCUAGAUGUCCUUCGUUUUAACCUAGUGUCCUUUUUCUGUGCCAGGGGUCCUGUCUAGGACACUGCAUUAACCCUCAGUUAUUGUGCCUACGUAGGCUCCUCUGGGCUGUGGCAGUUUGUCAGACUUUCCUUUUCCUCUUUUUGAUGACCCGGACAGUUGAGAAGGGGGCAGGCAUUUUGCAGAAUGUCCUUCAAAUGGGGGUGUGUCUGGCGUUUCUCCUGUUCGGACUGGGGGAUGGGUUUGGGGAGGGAAACCACGGUGGCAGAGUACUGUUCCCUGCACAUUGUGUCAAGGGCGCCUGCUGUCACUAUGACUCAUUGCUGUGAUGUUGCCCCUGAUCACCUGCCUGAGGUUGUGUCUGCCAGGCAUCCCUUCUGUACAGUUAUUUUGCUGCUGUUUCCACACUCUGCUCUUUGGAGGGAAGUUGCUAUUAAAUUAUUUUUCCUUAAAAAUUUUUUUACAAAUCUUCUUUUGUUUCAUACAUUUUUAAUCCAUGUAGAUUCUUAUGUCACAUUCUUCAUUCCAUUGUGGUGGUACAAAAAUCACUCAUGUAGAAGAUUUUUGGGAGGGGUAAUCAAGAGAAAAUGAUCACUGGGAGUUCCCACUGUGGCUCAGACGUAAUGAACCUGACUAAUAUCCAUGAGGAUUCGUGUUCAAUCCCUGGCCCUGCUCAGUAGGUUAAGGAUCUGGCAUUGCUGUGAGCUGUGGUUUAGUUUGCAGACUUGGCUCAGAUCUGGUGUUGCUGUGGCUGUGGUGUAGGCCCACAGCUACAGCUCUGAUUCAACCCCUACCCUGGGAACUUCCAUAUGCCGUGGGUCUAGACUCCCCCCCGCUCCCCCCAAAAAAACAUGAUCACUGGUUGACCCUUGAGCUGGACUCAGGCAGUGGGAACCUCUUCACCCCUUCCCCAUCCUUGUAAUGUGUGCUCUGCCUACUGUUUCCACAGUGGGCGCUGUUUUCAGGGACACGGCCUUGAGAGAGUAAGGUGUUAUUGAAACCAUCUGGACAGUGUACGUGACUGAACCCAGUUAAGGUCUCUGUAUAUACUUCUAAGAUUCGGGCAGGUGGGUGCCGAGAUCUACUGGUCUUCUGGCUGCCUAGGGCAAGCCUCGUAAGUAAUUUCCCUUGCUUAUUAAACAUACUACCUACCAAUACAAAGCUGUCUGCCUCUUUCUCAAGUCUCUCCUUGCCCUGUGUGUAUGGGGGCUAGUUUGUGAACCAACAAAGAUCAAUUCAAAGUAUAUAUGUAAAAAAUAAAACAAAGUAUAGAAUAGACUAAUAGGUAUACAUGUGACAAAAUAGGGAACGUUAUUGAUAUGAAUUCCAUAUUGCAACUAACCUUCGAGAAACUACAACCUGUCAAAUUUUGGUUUAGUUUCCAAGAAUAAUACUCACAUUUAUUUGAAAAGGCAACUAAAGUACUGUUUGUGUGAGACUGGGUUUCUUAUACUUCAAUCAAAACAACAUAUUGCAUUGAAGUGAAUGCAGCAGAUAUAAGAAUCUUGCUGUCAAGAUUAAGCUAGACAGUAAAGAGAUCUGCAAAAAUUUAAAAGGAUGCUAUGUUUCUCAUAAACUUUUGUUGCUUUGAAGAACAUUAUUUCUUGAUGAAAAUGUGUUAACAUGUAAUGUGUUUUUAUGGUUAUUAAAAUGCCUAAAUAAAUAUUAA